CCGACCCGUGUGUUUUUCCGUCUCUCGUCAGUCACUGGAGUUCCACAUCAUAUCUUCAAUGGCUUCCUUGCUCAGUAUGGUUUCGGUAUCGCCCAGAACUUUGUCACGCACCAGAACCCCUAAUGUCCAAGCACGACCAUUUCACGCCCCAAGUUCCUUCUCAUUCACAACGAGGAGAUUACAGAUUAGAGCAGCAGAAACUGAGACAAACGAAGUUAAAUCUCAAGCACCAGAUAAGGCGCCAGCUAAAAAUGGCUCGAGCUUCAAUCAACUUCUUGGUAUUAAAGGAGCUUCCCAAGAAACAAAUAAAUGGAAGAUUCGUCUUCAACUUACAAAGCCUGUCACUUGGCCUCCAUUGGUUUGGGGUGUAGUUUGUGGUGCUGCUGCUUCUGGAAAUUUCCACUGGAAUUUUGAGGAUAUUGCAAAAUCAAUUGUGUGCAUGAUGAUGUCUGGACCCUUCCUUACGGGAUAUACACAGACUCUGAAUGAUUGGUAUGAUCGAGAAAUUGAUGCAAUCAAUGAACCUUAUCGACCAAUUCCAUCAGGGGCAAUAUCCGAGAAUGAGGUCAUCACACAAAUAUGGGUACUGUUGUUAGGGGGCCUUAGCUUGGCUGGCUUGUUGGACAUAUGGGCAGGGCAUGAUUUCCCUGUAGUUUUUUACCUUGCUCUUGGUGGAUCAUUGCUGUCAUAUAUUUACUCUGCUCCUCCUUUGAAGCUAAAGCAAAAUGGAUGGAUUGGAAACUUUGCUCUUGGAGCAAGUUACAUCAGUUUACCAUGGUGGGCUGGUCAGGCUUUGUUUGGAACUCUGACACCUGAUAUCGUUGUUCUCACACUGCUGUACAGCAUCGCUGGAUUGGGAAUUGCCAUUGUCAAUGACUUCAAAAGUGUUGAAGGGGAUAGAGCUCUAGGACUUCAGUCACUUCCAGUUGCGUUUGGUACUGAAGCUGCUAAAUGGAUAUGUGUUGGUGCCAUUGACAUUACACAGAUAUCUGUUGCUGGAUAUCUUCUUGGAGCAGGAAAACCAUACUACGCAUUGGCUUUAGUUGCCUUGAUAGUUCCACAAGUCUUUUUUCAGUUUCAGUACUUCCUCAAAGACCCUGUAAAGUAUGAUGUUAAAUAUCAGGCCAGCGCACAGCCAUUCCUUAUCCUUGGUCUCCUGGUUACCGCUCUAGCUACCAGCCAUUAGUCUUCAGUGAAUCAAUAUGCAAGUAUCCUGAAAAGUACGUAUGGAGAAAAUAAACAUGAAAGGGAAGUGAAGCAUACACACUGGGAAGAAGGGAAUUCACAAAUAUUAGAUUGCCUUUACCUGCCUGCUAAAGUUGAGUUUGAUCAAGGCUUGUUCUCUUGUGCUUAGAGUAGUUUCGGAAAUUUUGGAUCC